CCCCGGAAUGUGAAUCUCCGGGGAUUCCGACGACGGGGUGGUCUAGUGUUAUUUGUCCAACUGAACAACGGUACAACAAGUGGUUCUUCCGGAAGCACGACGAUGACGAGGACGAAGUCGUCGAGCACGUCCGCUUGAAGUCUGACGACGACGACGACGUUCACCUUUCCGUUUGAACGACUUCCGGUUGGACGUUCGGGCUGUGCAAUUGCGGAACAAAUAGAUAGAUUACACGUGUGUUCCUCCGCAUGUACGGAAAACGGGGAUCAAGGAAAGAAUGUAAUAUAAAAACUUAUUCCCCGAGUGGAUUUCCAGGGCACGAGAGUAAACGUGACAUGUAACGGAUUCUUCGACCAGGGAACGUGUUGAACAAGGCACCCUUGUCUUGCUGUUGCAGUCGCUGUCCAAUAUAGUGAGAAGAUUUCCCGCAACCCAAAAGAAGAUAACACGUGUUGUGCUGUGUGUGGAAUCGCGCGCGGUGGCGUAGUUAAAAAAAAAGGAGGAAAAAGUUCUAAAAGAAUAAAGCUGUGAAGAAAGAUUCAUAAUUCAUGAAUUAAUUAAAAAAAGAAAAGUUCUGCUACUGGUGUGACGUGUGAACGUGAACGUGAACAUGACUUUCAUCAAGUGGCCGUCGUCGCUAAGGGAGAUGCAACAUUGGAGAAGGCCGUCCUUUGGAGGGCUUUUUCGGGUGCAGUCGGUAUCGCCUGGCCUAGCCGGGAUUGUCGUUUCCAUUCUGCUGCUGGUUGUCAUCGGUGCUCCCCGGGAUGUAUCCUGUUUCAACAUCUCCUCGAACCAGAUUCACAGCCUGAGUCUGGACCACCACAAGCUGCGGCUCACCUGGAUGAUGGACUGGUACCGGAAGGAGGUGCUGUUCCACGUACAGGACACCUUCCAGCACGGGCACUACAAAUUUUUCGCUCUCGGCUUCUCUCCGCGCGGGGAACUGAAGCGCACCGAUCUGUGCAUAUUCCUGACCGGGUCCGGGACUGGGUCGCUCUUCAACCAGGCGCUCGAUACCUACACGUCCCGAGAUUUCAACCGGAUUUACCUGGACACCACCCAGAACUGUGACGUGAUGCGCAUCGACGAAACGUCGGUCGCGUUUAGGAGAAAGUUUGAUACGUGUGAUCCGCAGGAUGUAGAAAUCCAUGGCGGAACAAUGUACGCGGUUUGGAUGCGGGGUAAACAUGAGCUUGAUAUGUCCCAGAAUUGGACUGUGAUGCCUAAGAUCGAGAAACAUGACCAGGGAGUUUUGCCGGUGCAAAUAUUGCGUGCCGAUACUAUUGAAGUUCCGGAAAAACAGUCUACGGUGAAAAAGGUCGAGAUUAAGCUGAAUAAGGCGAAGAUUCCUGCUGAUGAGACUACGUACUACUGUAAGGUUCAGCGGUUGGAGUCUUGGCUUGCGAGUAAGAAACAUCACAUAGUAGAGUUUGAACCGAUCAUCAGUAACGAGCACCUGGUUCACCACAUGGAAGUGUUCCAGUGUGUUUCCGACCCCGGCCACAAGAUACCGCUGUAUGAGGGAACUUGUGCGAAUUUACCGGCCGAGGCGAAGGUUUGUAACAAGGUGAUGGCUCUCUGGGCCAUGGGUGCCAGUGCUUUCACCUAUCCGCAUGAAACCGGACUCCCGAUCGGAGGUAAAGAUUCCAAUCCGUACAUCCGGUUGGAGGUUCACUUCAACAAUCCGGACCUGAAGGCCGGUGUCAUCGAUAGUUCCGGGAUGCGAAUCAAGGUGGUUUCGAAGCUGCGCAAAUACGAUGCCGCCAUCAUGGAACUGGGGCUGGAAUACUCGGACAAAAUGGCCAUCCCGCCGGGACAGAUUGCUUUCCCGCUGACCGGAUACUGUAUAGCCGAAUGCACAAAGGUGGGCCUGCCGGAGUCCGGCAUCACUAUUUUUGGGUCCCAGCUUCAUACGCAUCUGCGAGGGGUGCGGCUCAUGACCAGACACUUUCGCAACGGGAAAGAGCUGCGGGAGGUCAACCGGGAUGAUUUCUACUCGCAUCACUUCCAGGAGAUCCGGCAGCUGCGCUAUCGGCCCAAAGUUUUACCGGGAGAUGCUCUGAUGACGACCUGCUAUUAUGACACCCGCGGCUACGAGACGGCCACCCUCGGAGGGUUUUCCAUCAGCGACGAAAUGUGCGUCAACUACAUCCACUAUUAUCCGGCAACGAAACUGGAACUAUGCAAAAGUUCCAUCUCGGAAAAAUCGCUCUACAACUACUUCAAGUACAUGCAAGAGGUGGAAAAGCAACCCGUCGAUCCGGAUGGGGCUCGAUCGACCAACUAUCGCGGCAUUCACUGGACCCGGACGAGGGCAGAGCAGCUGUUCGAGUACUAUCUUGAGGAGCCUUUGAGUAUGCAAUGCAACCGGUCCGAUGGGUUGCGUUUCGAGGGAUUUGACUGGGAGGGAGCACCGAUAACGGAAUUCAGUCCACCGAAGCCGAGCACGGAUGCGGAGCUGGAUGGACGUUGCUCGAUUCCCUCGGAGCUGCACUGGUUCAAACCGCUGGAGAUGGGCAAAUGUGAUGCCUUCCGAGAUUGUAUCUACGCCGAGGAGAAGAUCAAGGAAUAAACGCGUGGCGCGUUCAGGUCUUAAAAUGUUGGAAUUCUAAAAAAAAAUUAGGACCUUUAACUCGUUUCAAAUCCGGUAUUUGAAUGAGAAAUUGUAAUAAGUGAACUAAAAAAACAAACAAGUUUUCUGCACCAAAUAGAUUUUUUAAUAAAAAAAAAUAUAUCUCUUUGUAAAAAGUAUCACCGAA